GAAGCGCGGGCCGAUCACGUGAUUUGGUCACCAAUACAAACUGAGUUGCCGGGAUAGAAGCUUCAUAUUCUUUUCUUUUUCUUUUUUUUUUUUAACCAUAAAUACAACAAGUCAGCAUUGGCGGCAAAAUUAACUGCAUUUGAGUUUUCGGGGGAACGUCAUAGACUGGCGAAUGCACGACGAUGGAGGUGGCCGUGAACGGAAAGGCCAAGAGGAGACACUUGGGUCCUGCGGAGUGUGGUGAGCUAGCAGCAGAGGGCAUUAAUGCCCUUGCACAUCCCCACACCCUUAACCGGGGGCGGGGAAACCGGGGCCCCAACAGGGGGCUUUACCCCACCAAGCGACGGAAGUGGGCUGCCCCAAUGGUUGCAAUGAGCCAGCUGGAGGAUAAGGAUGAAGAUGAUGAUGAUGAAGAUAAUAUUGAUGAUGCCACUUUUUUAGCUGUAGUAAUGGCACCAGAGGCCCAGUCAGAAGAAAUAGAGGACGAAGUGGACGAUGCCACACUGCUGGCUGCUGGAACACUGACAGAGCCUGAGGAGGUGGAUUAUUUGGAGGGCAUGACCGCCGAAAUGUUUGGUGAAGACUUUGACUCUUGUGAUAGCAAGUUUUACAAGAAUGAAGAGUUGGUGGAGGAGCUACCUGACGCCCACUAUGGGCUGCUCGGCAGCAGCGGCUUCCUGCUGCAGCCCCAGGGCUGCAUGGAUGACCUUCCAGAGGAGGUGCUGUGGCAGGUACUGUGCCUCCUCUCUGCCCAGGACCUCUACCGCAGUGUCAUCCGCGUCUGUCAUCGCUGGAGGAACAUUGUCCAGGACAGCAAGUUUGUGCCCUUCAAGAAGCAAUACUACCGCUACAUGAUGCGAGAGAAGGACACAAUGCAAGAGAUCUUCUCCAUCCUGAAGAACAGCAGCAUCACAGAUCCAGCAUUGUCACAGCACAGCAUUCGACACCUUGUUGUUUUAAUGGCUCAGCAUAAGGUCGGAGAGCGGUUGUGGCUGAGAGAUGUUCUGAAAUGUGUUAAGAAGCAUCACCUUUUUCCUCAGGCUGAGGCCUCCAUCAGAUUACGUAUUCCUGAUAUUCAGAAUCACUUUAACCCUUGCACUGAGGGUCCCAACCCAUACGCAGCCAUGGCUGUCAUAUUGAUCCUCAGUCAGAGUGUUGGUGACGUGCAGGCCUUGGUGUCUCUGCUCACUGGCUGCAUGUCGCACACCGCCAUCACAGAGUAUCUCAGCCACAUGGCCAUGAUGUUGCUUGCUUUACAGAGGAGUAACAUCCAGAUCAGUAACAGGUUGCAUUACAACAUCUACUACGUACUCCACCUGAUGGAGAACGGCCCCUUUUCUGUCGGCUCCUGUCAGAGCGGGUGGCCUCAGAUUCAGCUCACUGGUGAACAGCAGCAGAUCCUCACCCACGAUAUCCAGGAACACCAUGUGGUCAAGAUCAUAGCUUUUGCAGGUACGGGAAAGACGACCACAUUGAUAAAGUAUGCUGAGCAGCGGCCUGACCUCCGCUUCCUGUACGUGGCCUUCAAUAAAUCGGUGGCAUUUGAGGCAGCGCGACGCUUCCCCAGAAAUGUGGACUGCAAGACCGUCCACUCACUGGCCUUCAAAGACGUUGGGAAGAGGUAUCAUUACCGCAAGAAGUUGACUGCUAACCUGAAGGCAUUCACCAUCAACGCUGUUCUGCCUGAUGGCCGAGGCGGUUUUACCAAGGCCAAGGUUGUAACCACAACCCUCAACACCUUCAUGGCCUCAGCAGACCAGACCAUCACCACCAGACACGUGCCCAGCACCCACGUCACUAAUAACGGCUUUAGGAAGGAUAUAGAUGAUGGCGAAAAACGGUUGUUUGUCCAUGAUGCCCAGACGAUCUGGAACAAAAUGAAGGAUCUCAACGAGACGAACAAAGAGGCUUACUCCAUGACCCACGACGGUUACCUGAAGUUAUGGCAGCUCCAAAACCCAAAACCCCGCCUGUCUGACAAGUAUGAUGUCCUUUUCAUCGAUGAGGCCCAGGACUGCACUCCAGCCAUCAUGGACGUGCUGCUGUCUCAGCGGUGUGGGAAAAUCUUGGUCGGAGAUCCUCAUCAGCAGAUCUACACCUUCAAAGGAGCUGUCAACGCCCUGCAGAUUGUUGACCACACACACGUCUUCUACCUGACACAGAGCUUUCGGUUCGGUGCUGAGAUCGCCUAUGUGGGCGCCACCAUCCUCAAAGUGUGCAAGAGAGUCCAGAAGAUUCUUGUAGGAGGGAAACAGAAGGGUGGUGUGUGUGACGAGGCAGCGGUCAAGGUUGCAGAGGCCGUGAGGACGGGUGCGAGUCCUUGCCGGGGGAAGGUGGCCAUCUUGGCGAGAUGCAAUCUCAGUGUGUUCACCAUAGCCGUCAUGCUGACGGACGCCAACCCACAGUGCCAGAUCCACUUCAUAGGAGAUGUCAAAAACAUCGGCCUGGGAAGGAUCGAGGAUAUCUGGAAGCUGAAGGAGAUGGCGGGGAAGGCGACACCAGGGCCUUCAAACAUCAGCGAUCCACUUAUUCGCUCCUUCGCAAGAAAACCUCAAACUGCUUUUUGGACCCUGAAGAAGUACGCCACCCAGACUGAGGACCUGGAGCUGUCGGCCAAACUCAACAUUGUUGAAAAAUACGGAAGUCGAAUCCCCGAACUAGUGACACGCCUGAACAGCUGCUCUGAAAACAACUCUCACAAAGCAGACUUUAUAGUCGGAACAGUCCACAAAGCCAAAGGUCUAGAGUUCGACACCGUGAUGGUCACCGACGACUUUACUGAGGUUCCCUGUUCCAGACACAAUCUGCACCACCAUCCCGGCUUCGCGUUUUCCAAGUUCCCUGACGAUGAGUGGAACCUGUUGUAUGUGGCUGUGACUCGUGCCAGGACCUCACUGAUCAUCACUAAGAGCAUCUACAACAUCCUCACAGUAGCCGGGGAAUACUUCUUGAAGUCAGAGAUGCCCGACUCACUGAUGAAGGCGGGCGAACCGCUCCCAUGCUCCAUCACAAACUGUCCCAACUGCAUCACACCGGGCUCGGCGUUCAUCAUGUGCAAACAACAGAUGCAAUACACGGAUGGUGCGUCAGAUGGCGGCCCGCUGUGUGAGAGGUGUGUGUGGACACGCAUCGGGCCAACCGCCUUCCUCAUGACCGACGAUGUUCUCUCAAUGGCAGACAUACGAGAACAGCUUGCCCCGCCAGACCACCAUGUUUUCUUCCCAAACCUACAAUAAAACACUCUCGUUCUGUGUCGUCCCCCGGGAAAAGGAGUCAAUGCACUGACGAGGACAAGAAUAGCCAGCAAAAUGAAUGGUGCUCAGUCAUAAACUGCACUUUUCUUUUUAACAAACAACACAUCAGAGAGGUCACCGCUUACGGAUUGUGUCAGGUGACUGUGAUUUUUACCUGUUUAUUGUAUUUUCUCUGUGAGAUAAGCUCCCUGACACUCAGGAGACGAUUGGAGAGCUCUGUUAUUGUGUAACACUUUGAGUAUAAUGCAGCUCAGUGUUUUUCACCAAACACUUAGUCAAAAUAUAAACUUGCUGGUUGACUUUU